ACAGUUAUAAAUGGCCGAAGCGCUGGAAGAACGUAUAAUCGCAACUGAAUUGAAAGCUGAAGAAGCCGAGAUGAUAGCAGUGGUAUCCGAUCCUAAUUUGAGGAGUUACGAUGCCCUUAGUCAAGCUCCGUUCAUCAUUACAUCAUUGGGCCAUUUGUUGCUCAUCUCUGCAGAAAAAGAUUUCAGUUUGAUAGAGCACACUGAAAAUACAACGUUUCAAUAUAUCAAGUAUCCAGAUUCGUUCCGCGCAUGUCUAGUCCAGUUGUCCAAUAAUGUGUGGAAAGCUUUUGAUGCGGCGCACCAUGGCAUGAAUAGAAUUUACAUGAAAGCCGAAAACAUUGAUAAAGACGUGAAAAAGGCAGUUCAUUUCAUAGAAGAAGGCACAAAAAAAGAAUUGCCCAUCGUGUCUCAAUAUUUAAGUAACAUCGAAAAGCAGUCCAUUGAAUGUGUCGAAGCUGCGAAGUCCAUAACAGAUGAAUUUAAAGAAGUCGCUAAUAUGAUGGACGAGCUUCUCGAAGCUUGCGCUCAAUCGAAGGGCAAAUACCACGAUGAGCAAAACAAAAUCCAACGCAAGAAAAAUGCAGCACUUAAAAAGCAAGAGCAAAUAAAAAAAGAUAAAAAGGAGCUUGAAAAGUGGUAUGAAAAAGAAGGGAAUGAAGUUGCAAAAGCGAAACUAAAAUACGAUGAGUCAGUCGAGUCUUAUCCUUCGCCUUGGAAAAUAAUGCUGUUCGGGUUCAUUGAUGGCGCUGCAGGCCUCGCUCGUGAUGUCGCAGGCGCACUAAUACCAGCAUUUUUACUGACGCAAGGCAUGCCUGUGUCCUCAGCAAGCAAGCCAGCCGAGCCGGGCUCUUCAAAGCCCAAGCCCGUCCGUGCUGAGAUUACCAGUGAUGAAGCAAACGCAUAUCUUGCUGCCAGCGAUAUUCUUAAACAUGCAGAACAGUUGCAUUUUAAAAGAUGUAACCAAAGUAGCAUCACCAGCGUGAAGACGUCGUUUGAACAAAUGCUUGGUGACCUGAAUUUAAAUGCAGGCAACCGCGUUGAAGAUGCCGUCAAGAAAGCUAUGAAAUUAUGCAGGAACGGUGCUCAGAUAUCCAAAGAACUUGGCGAAGCUGAAAACGAGACCACGAAAGUAGCCAUUGAAAACCGAAUCGCACAGUUCUAUGAGAAGGCAAAAGCUUUUAACUUGAAAGCUGUAGAAAAUCUCAAAGGUUUAUCAACUUUAUCCGGUUUCCAACAGCUGGCGAACGAUAAUGAGAAUCAUCCUGACCAAUCGCAAAAAACUAAAGGAUUUCUUAGUAAAACGAUGUUGGAAGAGGCUGAAAGGAAACGGGUAAUAGUAAAGUUUAUAAAUACUUCUAUACUAUAUAGGUCACUAUAAAGUGCAAAUUAAGUCUAAUAUUUAUACGUUCGCUAUAAAGUCUGCACUAUUUGGAAAACAAAACAUUUUUGGGCAAAUUUUAAUAUUUUAAUUUAAUUACAAAAUAGGUAUAAUUAUAAAAUUUUUGAAAAGUGCAUGCAAGGGUUAAUCAUUGCUUGUUGCAUAUAUUUCUAAAUUAGUUCAAUAUUAAUAAUAUUAAUAAUACUAAUAAACUUCAAUAUUAAUACCACCAAGUGAAGUGCAAGAAACCACAUCAUUGAAGUCCGCCUUAUCACAACUCGCACACCCGAUCACCUAUAUAUACAUGAACUUACGGUUAUACAGCUCAACAGCUGGCCUCUGUAGCUCAGUUGGUUAGAGCGCUGCACCGGAAUCGCUGGGCCGUAUAUAGGUUCAAUUCCUACCAUGCAGAGGACCUUGUGCUGCACUUUUCGCAGUCGUUCCUGGUCAGGUCUUAAAUGUAUAUAUACUCACUCGGAUUAUACAAACCAUAACAACAACAUUCUUUUAUUAUACUCGAGGAAUUUUAAACGUUAAUGAGAGCCAGCUAGAUUUUAUUAAUUAUAUUAAGAUAUAUAUAACUAUACUCCCGACUAAAAAGAAAAAGUUUCUACAUUUUUUCGAGCGACCGUCUGCAUGAAUGUUUGCAGCAAUCAGUAUAUAUAAUAUUGUCAAACACUUUCUAUUUUUUAGAAAGAAGCAAAAGAAUUAUUAUUCGAGUGUUACAGACGUUAUGAGCGUUGUCACAACCAAAUACUUCAGGAGUCAAAGGAAAUGGAAAAAGUUCUUGAUGAACUCGCGAAGUUUGAUCACAGGACCCUCGACCUGAAUAACAUUCGCCACGUCCUUGCCAGAGGCAUGUCCGCGCUAAACCAAGUGAUACAACACUGGAACGGAUUUAAGAGCAUGUUCCAAGAACUUCAUGAUAUCAUCAAAGAACGUCUUAAAGGAGACGUGCAACGUUUCAAAAAUACAACGAAAGCGGAACUCGAAGCGAAUUCACGUUCAGAAAUUACACGCAGGGAGAUCAUCGAAGAGUCAAUGGAAGCCCGACAAAUCGCUCAUGUUGUAAAGAGUAUCUCUAGUCUUUACGUCUAUGUUUCGAAAAGCUAUUUACUCGGUCAAAUUCUACGCCUGCAAACCAUCAUUCCUCUUAGCCCAGAAAAAGAUCGAGGACGAAUAGAGCAAAUGAGAAUCAAACUAAAAGAGGACAGCAAAAACACGAAAAAGAGAAUCGAAGAAAUUGCCAGAGAAAAGAAAAGAGAAUUAAGUAAAAAAAUCGGGGAUUUGCCCAGUAUUCCAUGACCAGGAAUAGCAGGUAUAAGAUAUUUCUCAUACGGACAAUUGGUUCAGUUGGAACAGAAGCAACAUGACUCAUUCAAUAAAUUGAAACAUAUAACUUUGAAAAGUUGAACUUCAGUGUAGAUAUUUUCUAUGGUGAGGAGUUGACAAUAAUAGGCGUACGGGAAGGGGGGGGGGGAUUAGGGCCGGACAAAAAUUCGCCCUUAAUGGAAAUUGGCCGACCAAUACAAAUUUUUCCCCCCGUUAUAAACCUCCCAAAAUGUUUUUCGACGGGGUGCGGAAGGAGGGGGUCUCGCCGACUUUAUAUAUCUACCACCUUAUAACUUGACAAUGCCCCCAACCGUUCCCCCAGCUACGCCUUCUUUGCAGGCAUCUCAUCCGAGGUCGGAAAAAUUUCCAGAUUUUUUAUGGCUAAAACCCAUAGAGAGGCCUACGGAAGAGGCUAUCUACAGCUCCGCCCGUCUCGUACGCCUAGUUAGAAUAUUAGUGCAUAAAUUUAAUAUAUAAUAUAAUAAUGUGCAUUUUUUUAAAAAUUGCUUGUAGGUUUGCAUGCAUGCACAGUAAAAUUUUUUGGUGGAAAAAAGACCCAACAAAAAUUUUAUUGAAACGUAAACAUGAAGUAUUUAAUAAUAAAUAAUCGGUUUUAAUUGGUUAAAAUUGCUUACCAAUGAAACCGAGCCAAAAAAUAUUGAUUGAAGCUACCAACUGGUU